GCUUCGCGACGCGUUACGUUAUGUUUAUUUGUAUGUCGCGUCGCUAUACUACGCGCCGCGCGAAAUAAGUAACUUAAAAAUACCGUUAAUAUAAACUGACGGAAUAAUUGUUAGCAUUAAAAAGUCCUAUUAAUCUACGACUACUGUUUACAUUUGUGGUACAGGCACCAAAUGCCGAAAUGUAAGAUAAAGAUUAUGUAACAUAAACAUUAGAAAUUGGCUACGUAUUUAAUAAAUACGUGAAUCACUUCUUAAAAAAUGGCUGUGAUCGAUAGAGGAUGGUCGUGGGUCGUAAGUGCCGCUUGUUUUGUCAAUAUGUUGUGUGUGAUAGGUCUGUAUAGGGCAUCGGGGGUGAUAUAUUCAGCAAUUAUCGACACCUUCGGUGUGACGAGGGAAGAAGCUACUUGGCCUUUCUCAUUGGCUGGAACAAUUGGAUUGCUUGUGUCUGUUUGUAAUGGUAUAUUGUGCCAACUCUUCACCAUUAGAACAAUUGCAAUUUCGGCAACACUCGUCAGUUCAAUUGGCCUAGCAUUAUGUUUCACAGCUCACGAGGUUUUACCGCUCACCAUCUACUUAGGUUUCAUUUAUGGGUUCGGUAUAGGAAUCAUCAAUGUGUCCUGCUUAAUCAUUACUUGCCAAUACUUUAAAAAGUACAAAACUAUCGCUAUCGGAGUAUUAUACGCUGGUACGGCAACGGGUUCCUUUAUUCUUCCGCCAUUAAUAGAAUAUUUAUUAAAAAUAUAUGGACUUCGAGGUACAUUUCUUAUACUUUCUGGUAUCUGCUUGCAAGGUAUGGUUGCUGCUGCUCUGUACAGACCUCAAGAAUUAGAUGAUGCCAAGCCAAAUAAAUGUGAAGAAAAGUUGAAAUUUGCUUCGAAACCAGCUCAAAUCAUUUCUAAAUGGGUAAUAAUCUUUCGUUUUCGGAUAUUUUACCUUAUUUGGAUAACUUAUGCGGUUUAUCACUUCACAUAUUUCAUCUUUCCUACUGUUAUCGUCGAUUAUGCAUCGGACUUGAAUAUCAAAACCAACAAAGGAGUAUUUCUUCUUUCUGGUUACUGUAUAGGUGAUUUAUGUGGUCGCCUGUCAUGUGGAUGGGCUACUGACGUUCUCAGGAUAAAGAAAAAGUACGUGAUAAUCGCUUCGUUUCUUCUUCAAGCCGUGAUCUUAUUAAUUACACCUUUCUAUAACAGUUAUAUAUUUUUAAUGUUUGUGAGCGCAGGAGUUGGAUAUUUUACCGGUUGUUUAAUGCCUCAAUGGCCCGUAAUCUUCGCUGAUUAUCUUGGUUUGACUCACUUGCCAUUUGCAAUAGGAACCGUUUUAACUUUAACUGGUUUUCUCCCAUUUUGUUUCCCAUAUAUAAUAGGAUAUUACAGGGAUAUAAAAGGUAGUUACAGUUCACUUUACUUCACUUGUGCAGGGAUCAAUUUAUUAGCUGUUUUAUUAUGGAGUUUGGAGCAUCUGUUUGUAGAUAGGCCUAUUAAUUCUCCAUCCUAACGUGGAUAUCGUCUCCGAUUUAAAGUAAUAUAUCAAAUCAAACAAUUUUAUUGUUUUGUUUUGUAGGAAGAUCGUUGUACCGAGAAGAAAUAGCACGAAAAUGAGCUUGGAAGGAAUGAAAAAUUAAAAACUCAACACAAUUUAACCUAACUUGUUUGGUUAGUCUGAGUGUCUGUCUUGCUUGGAUGAUCAACUAUGAUAAUAGCAUUCUGCUUUUUACAUACAGUAACAAUGGAAAAUAAAAGAAUAAAAAUACCAUAACAAAGUGUUAAAUCGCUUAAUGAUUAAGAUGUAUUUAAUCGUUUAGAUCGAUUAAAUGCGUCGUUGAAUUAAUACAAAUUACUAAACCAUAGUUAUGAAUCUUCAAACGUGAUCAUUUUCCACUAAAAAUUUGGCAAUACUAGGCUUUUAAUUGAAUCACAUUAAUUACAAUUAACGGAAUUCAUUACGAAUACCUACAAAUUUGGUUAAAUUAGCGCAUGAAUUUCAAUUAGUUAACUGUAAUAAUGAGCGAGGCGGUUAAGGCAUCAUCUUACCUCUCUGGAGAAUCCGAGAUCGAAUACGGUGAGGAG